GCCGUGAAGUCAGGAAACCUCAAGAUUGUUCAAACUCUAUUGGCACAUGGAGCAGAUACAGACGCAUUGGAAGUGCGGAAUGUAACGCCAGUCAAGCAUGCAGAAUUCAAAUCCGUCGAAUGUGAUAAGAACGAUAGAAGCACUGGCCAGGCUUGGUGCUGACUUCAAGGCGAAGUAUGAUAGAUUCUCUGUGCUUCUCGACGCCGUGAAGCGCGGCGACGUAGUCAUGGUGAGCGAGUUGGUCCACUUGGGAGCAGACAUGAACUAUGGUGGAGAAAGGGGAAUAACCGUUCUGAAUACUUUACUGUUUUCGGUAGCGGUUGAGCAGAAUGAUUUUUAUAAAGACGUACUGGAAGCAUUGGUUUCGGCUGGCGCAGAUGUCGAUUCGGGUUACGACUUUGAACUCCCUCUCUUUCUUGCAGUGGAGCGUUCAGACACUAGAAUGGUCGAGACCCUGAGUAGUCUGGGCGCCAACAUGAAUAAAGCCAUGCAGUGUGCGAAAGGUCAUGGGCGCCCUAUCAGUUUAGCAUGUUCUUUGGACAAUACGGAGGUUGUAGAAUGGUUGUUGAAACUUGGAGCUGACCCAAAUGCUGAAAUUUUGGCUGGUGCUGAACCACUGUUAGAAGCUCUGCUGCGUUCUGAUCGGGUGAUGCUGCAGUGUUUGCUGAAGUGUGGGGCAAAUCCCAUGGUAGGGAAGGAGUAUCGGAGGGUUAGAGUAGGGGACAGAGCCCUUCUGGAAGGGGAAGUCAAAGAAUUAGAGUGUUUGCUCAGAGGGGGUGCGCGACUCAGGACUGAGGUAGUGUAUGGGGAUAUAGAGUUGAACCAAGAAACAAAAAGGAUUGCUGAUAUCUUCGGAAUCAUUCUUCCGAGACAACCACUGGAAUCGUUUUCACAGAUAAAUGAAUGCAUUAUGCAGGAUGUCAGUUCGGACAUACUGACAAUGCUGUUAACUCUUGGUGCAAAUAAACUAUGUGGGUGGAAUAUUGCACGGAUUACCCAUCCCACAGAUGAUGAUCGUGUGCUUUUUGAACGAGUGGAUGGUCAUCAAGAGCCAGUUACGAACGUACACUCCAAUCUCCACACAGCGUGUCUGUUUGGAAAUCUAGAUAUCGUACGCCUGUUGUUGAUAGAUGGGAGUGAUGUUCAUGCGCGCGAUACGUUAGGUAAGAAGCCAUUCGAUAUGCUGCCACUGGCUUCUACAGUUGACUACAGCACUCUAUACGUAACAAGAGACACCGCGAUGGUAAUGGAAAAAGUAGAAAUGGACGCUGUACCGCACUUAGCAUGCCCGAGAAUGGAGUCCCUUGUUUGUACCCCUGGAAUUGGCGAUGUUCAGUCCAUUGAAUACCCCAAAGCUGCAGAAAUAUCAGAACAUGUUAAAAUGAUGACGCAAACGAUUGCUCAGGAGUGUAGAAAGCUACCAAAUAUUCGUUUAAUAGGAUGUGGCAGUGCCGCUGAAGGAACCAAAGUGGGUUUGCCUGAUGAAAUGGACUUUCUAGCCGAGGUAGACCACUGUGUUGAAAAUGAGCAGGUUUACCUGAAGAGUGCUGGACAUGACUAUGUUUAUUACACGGAUCCUCGUAGCAAGUUGUUAAUGGAUGGAAGCAAAACCUUCCAUUCUUGCAUUCGAACGGAACUUUUUGAUGUGGCGAAAAACAAACAUUGUCUCUUCCAGGGAGGUGCUUUGAGAGUGAUGCCAUCCAGCCUCCGUAAGUUGAUCGAUGAUUCGAACAGGAGAGCUACUUCACCGUUGUUUUUAGCUUGGGUGAGUAGGCCUAAACAUAUGGCAAAUCAAGUAAAUGUAUCAAUCUCAGUAGAUUUUGUGCCAAGCCUUCAUGUAAAAAACUGGCCUGAUGGCGCUAUCGUAGAAACCUGGCUACUGGGGUCGGAGGCAUUGCGAGAACGUGGUUACUACAUUGUCCCGAAACCGCCACAUGUGAACAGUGAGUUAGCAGAGAAGUGCGAGUACACCAAAGAGGAGCUGCAGGUCCUGUGGAAGAUAUCAUUUCCACACCUUGAGACCUAUCACAUGCAACAUCUCGAGAAGCGGGUGAAGGAUGUGUACCUGGUGGCCAAGACCCUGCGGAAUCCAGACGUCUGCCGCAUCUUGGUCACUGAUGAAGGGUCAUGGCCAAAGAAUGUUGAUAAGUACAUCACAAGUUACAUGCUCAAGAUGAUAUUUUUUAAGAACGUCGACGAGUUUCUUCACUCGAAUUUAAGUCUUGAAGAAAUGGUGUGUCGAGUGUAUGACCAGGUCGAGGAAGGCUUGUCUAGUGGAUUCAUCCCACUGUACUUCAUGCCAAAAGUGAGUGCUUUGGCCGGACACAAAUUAAACAUCCCGAAAUGUGCCAAGGUUGCCAAGAUCAUGAAGCGGUUUGUCCACGCACUCUGUUUAAGGGAUUGCCAGCGUGACCAGCAUGCAGCGGACGAGGAAGAGGAAGUCGUUAUCAUCUAUCAACGAAAGCCAACGUCCGUGUACAGAGCCAUCGAGAUUGGUAUGCCAAAAACCGAUGUCGUGGAGUUCAACCAUACAGUCCUUGAAUCCAAUAGUCAGAUAUACGCAAGAUCCAAUAGAGCCGCGGUGUCCGAAUGGGUGCCACGCCAGCCUAACACGCGGCAGCUACCAGGUUGGAUUCUGGAGGAUUCGGGCUAGAAACCGAGGCUCCUUUUGUCCGUCAGAUGGGGCAGAAGUAAGCCUCGGUUCGUUUCUUGUGUCUAGGGGAACUUAAAAGCUGGGGCCGGAUGGACAGGAGCCCGUAUAGUAGACAUUGAAGCUGUCAUGGCCAACAUGACAACCAAUGCUAUUAACAGUUAUCUCACAUUUCUUAUUGACCAACGCUACCCAGAAUCGUCCAAGGCAAGUGACUCAUGCUUGUCGAGUUUUACACUAGAUCUGCGACUGUCCUUCUAGGUUGGCAGCAUAUUUUUCAGUAAUUCUUCACCCGGAUUGACAAAGAUUUCCCAUGGAUGCCAAGGCUCGUGGGUACCCACCAUGACUUGAUAACAAACUCUGUUACAAAUGUCAGCAGCGGAAGGGUUACGGGACUUGGUGAAAUCAGAGUCAUUCAAAUAAAGAGUCAGGCGACUAUAACUUUAUAUUGAAAGAU